GGCAGAAAAAGUAGUGGUCAUGUCAAGGAGACCCCUUUGCCCCGAAAGAUCUCCCUGUUUAGAAGACUCCAACAGAGAACCAGGUGCCAGCACAGGGGUGAAGGAUGCUGCUCUGGGUGUUCUUCCUCGUGACUCUCACCCUCAGCAGCGGCUCCCAUGGCUCCCUGCCCUCCCAGCCUCUCAGGAUCCCACGGUAUGCAGAUGCCAUCUUCACUAACAGCUACCGGAAGGUUCUGGGCCAGCUGUCUGCCCGCAAGCUACUCCAGGAUAUCAUGAACAGGCAGCAGGGAGAGAGAAACCAGGAGCAAGGAGCAAAGGGCCGGCUUGGCCGUCAGGUGGACGGCGUGUGGACAGACCAACAGCAGAUGGCAUUGGAGAGCGUCUUGGUGAGCCUGCUGCAAAAGCGCAGGAAUUCCCAAGGAUGAAGAUUCUGCCUCUAUUUUCUGCUCCCUGCAGCUGAGACACAACUGCAUCCAGUUAAUCCUUUUUAAUUUCUGACCUACUUUUUCCUUUAUGAAUACAAUAAAACUCCCCCAG